UCCGGUUACCGGGAUAUUCAAAACUAAAAAAAUCAUUUAUUUAAAUUUAAUACUUAUUUAUAACAAAUGGUUAUAUCUAUCAUAAUUGAUUUGAGAUCUACAUAAAGAAUAUGUCUGUUAUCCCACUCAGAGUGGCCGUAAGGGCGCGGCCACUGAUACAGAAGGAAAACAACGAGGGCUGUCAAGUUUGUUUAAACUUUAUCCCCCUAGAGCCCCAAAUAUUACUGGGAAAGGACAAGACUUUUACAUUUGAUUUUGUGUUCAGGCCGAAUGAUCCACAGGCACAGGUCUAUGAAGAAGCAGUCAAACCUCUGGUGGAACACAUAUUUAGAGGAUACAACUCUACCGUCCUUGCCUACGGCCAAACUGGGUCUGGCAAAACAUUCACGAUGGGGGGAGGGUAUGAAGAUUCACUCAAGAUGGACCCUGAAAAGAUGGGAAUCAUCCCUAGAAUUGUACAGGAAAUUUUUAAUACCAUCAAUGAUCGGGAAAACUGCACAUUCAAAGUUGCAGUUUCAUACCUGGAGAUUAUCAAUGAAGAGCUGCAGGACCUGUUGGAGAAAAAAGAAAGCUUGGUCAUCAGAGAGGAGAAUGGUGUAAUUAAGCUGCCAGGCCUCAAAGAACAGUCUGUUGACUCUGUAAUGGAAAUCAUGGCACUGCUGGAGCAGGGAUGCAGCAACCGCACCACUGCUGCCACCGCCAUGAACCAAACCUCGAGUCGAUCUCAUGCCAUCUUCAGUCUUUACAUCGAGCAACACAACAAGGAGGACAGCAAUGACUUCUGGAAAGUGAAACUUCAGCUGGUGGAUCUUGCUGGUUCUGAAAGAAUUAAAAAAACGCAUGCGGAGGGGGAACGUCUGAAGGAAGGUAUCAACAUAAACAAAGGUUUACUUUGUUUGGGGAACGUGAUUAGCGUCUUAGGAGAUGAGAGUAAUUCGAACAGAAAGCCGCAUGUCCCUUACAGGGAUAGCAAGCUCACCCGGAUUCUGCAGGACUCCCUUGGUGGAAACUCCUACACCGUGAUGAUCGCAUGUGUGUCGCCAGCUGAUAGUAACAUGGAGGAGACCCUCAACACGCUGCGUUAUGCCGACCGAGCUCGUAAGAUCAAGAAUAAACCAGUUGUGAACUGGGACCCACAAACAGCUGAGAUAAUGAAGCUCAAGUCAACUGUCCAACAACUCACCAUGAAGCUUAUACAUGCUGGGAUAGGCGACAUGCCUGAUGAGGAAGUGGAAAAGAUAGAUAUCAAUGCUCAGAACAAAAACAGGGAGCUGCAAGAGACCUUGCAGAAAUACAUGGAGAAGUGUGCUAAACUGGAGGAAGAGAUAGAGACCCUAUCUAAAGAAUUCCAGAACACGCUGGACCAGGCAGUGACAGCAUCGGAGAGAGCCGUCCGUAUGGAGUUGAAGUGUGAGCGCCUCAGGGAACGCCUCAAGGAACUUGAACAGAGCAUUGGUGUGGACUUUGACCUCCUAAGCUCCAGUCUGGUUGAACCUAACCCUGCACUUGCAGAACAGCUUGCCAAAUUGAAAACAUUCGCUAACAAGCUCCAUGAAUCUAUGCAUUCCGAAGAUGUGGUCACCACAGACCAAGAAGAUGAUGAUGAUGAUGAUAAAGAUGAGGAAAUGGAUGUCAAGCCUGAUGUAGACCAACCAGAUGGCCUUGAUACGCCAGAGUCGAAAGAGUAUGUCAAGCUACAGACCCUGAGGCGUGCAAAACAGAACUCUGAGCUACAAGAGUUGAACAAGAUGCUGGAAAAGAAAGAACGAAUAGCCAACCAGAUCACAAUGAAUGAUACCAAGAUGGCCGAGAUUGUGGAAGAAUAUAAGGGGAAUAUGAAGCAGUUGGAAGAAAAGAUCAGUGGUCUGGAGUCAGAGAAGAGUGAACUCAACGUGGCGCUAGAAGAUGCACGAACUCACUCUGCCGCUAGCAAGGUGAGUGAGCAGAGACGUCAGCGGAUGAUGGAGUUGGAGACUCGGAUGUCUGACCUCCGUAAACAGCUCGCGGAGCAGAAGAAACUCCUCAAACUCAAGGAACAGAAAGAGAAAGAGGCCACUAAGAUGAACACAGAGAUACUUGCCUUGAAGCAGGCACGAGUGAAACUCAUGAAACAGAUGAAGGAGGACUCGGACAGUUGGAGGAAGUUUCGCCAACAGAAGGACAAGGAGGUACUUCAGUUACAGCAGAAGGAUAGGAAGAGGCAGUUUGAGAUUCAGAACCUGCAACGGGAAAACCAGCGCACACAGACCAUACUGCACAGGAAGUCUGAAGAGGCUGCAGCAGCCAACAGGCGGCUUAAGGAAGCAAUGGCCAAACAGAAGAAAGUGCUAGAAGAGCGAAAUCAGAAGUUUGAAAAAUGUGAUAACACUACCAUUGGUAACAGGGUCCGGAAAUGGUUGAGUCAUGAGAUGGAUGUCAAGGUUGGGAUUAUGGAGGCGAAAUACCAUCGCGAGUCCCAAUUCCAGGAUAGAAAACUGCUUGUGGAACAGCUACUACAACUUAAGGAAUCUUUGGGAGAUGGGCCUCCAUCUAAGAAACUUGGCUUGUUGGAUGAUAGCGGUGUGAAGCAGGAGGUGAGCUUGGAGGAGGAGGCCGUCAGGAUCAAGAUACAGCACCUCGAACAGCAGAUUGAAAUCAGAAAUGUGCAGAUUUCUGAUCUACAGCAGAAGAUCUUCGAUGCAGAGCAAGAGGGUAAGGGAAAGUCGACAAAGGCCAACCUGCACACCAUGAUGGAGGCCAAGAUUGCCAUUAAGUGGCUCAUGGACCAGGCAGUGUCGUUCAAAGCAGAUAAUGCUCGUGUGCGUGUUGACCUUGAGGAAGCGCGUGAGUGCCAGCAGGAGGACAGCGCAGACAACAGAAAGUACAUGGAGGAACUUGAAGAGAAGAUUGAAUUGAUGAAGAGACGGCAUGCCAACGACUUGCUUAAACUGAGGACCAAACAGGACAAACAGAUCGAGGUCUUGCUGGCCAAGAGUAAGCAGGCUGAAGAUGCCAGGAAAGAAGUAGACAAGAAGCUUACAAAACAGACUGCGGAGAUAGACCAACUUAGGGAACAGCUCAAGAAUGUUCCUGCCGGCUCCUGUCCUGACUGUAUACACUUAGAAAAGCAAAUGACAAAGGUUAUGUAUACCGAUAAAAAAAUUGCCUUAAUGCCAGUAUUGAACUUGGAUGCUGAUGAAAAUGGUGACGGCCAUAACGCUAUUGCAAAUGAGAGCUCUUCACCUUUUAAGUUCCCUAGAGAAAAGCCAACUCUGAAGGUUGAUAAAGGGCAUGUCAAGCAUACAAUGGGAGAGCGAUCCACAUUGGUUUCUCCAAAGUUGAAGACUGCUAAUAUUUUUCCCACCCCAGAGCUGUCAAAGAAUGUGAUUCCUGAGUCCGAAGAAGAGAUUGAGGCUGAAUCAGAAGCUGAGGAGGAGAUGGAUACUUCUGUGGAGGAAAUAGAUGAUAAGAAUAAAGACCCGGAUUUUAGGGCAACACCUCUAAUGAAGGAUGCAAAAAAUCUACAAUUAAAGGGCAAACGCAGGAAGACAGCUCUCUUUGUGCAGAAUGAUGACAAAUGUUCAGCGGACAGCAGCCUUGAGAAAUCGCAGUCAGAGAAGGGUUGUGGCUGCAGCACAAACUGUAAGAACCGGCGGUGUGUAUGUAAGAAGAAUGAACAGUUUUGCUCCGACCUCUGCAAGUGUACAAGCUGUGAAAACAUGGAGAUUCAGCUGCCGGAAUCCACCAUGUCAGAAGAACCAUAUGCCAACACAAGCUUAAACACCACAUUUGACGUCGAGCCAUCGGGUUCUGAUACCAGCAUUGAGAAUAGGGAAGUGUCCCCAGUGGAGAAACCUGUAAAAAUAAUGGGCAAACCCCCUAAAAUUGGUCGGCAGGCAUCACGAUCAGUUCUCGGAAAUAUUCAGGGGGUCCAAGAUGUCAGCAGUUCUGAUGAAUUUGAAAAGCCGAGACUUAUGAGAAAAUCUGUGUCGGCUGGAAUGUUACGUAAGAAAACAUCAAAUUCUGACUUGAGACAAGCAGAGAACAAGGGGAUGAUGCGGAAAACAACAUCCAAGUCUGAAUUGAGACAAGAAGGAGGCCAGGGAGAUGAAAUGCAAUCAUUGGUGGAGGGGUUCAACAAGAAAAAAAGGAAACUGAACAGUACAAAGGGCUUCUUCUUUAGUGGUCCGAGUGAAUGAAUGUCUUAUGGCUAUGACAUCACGUCAUGGUUUUGUAUUGCCUCUUGCUUAUAGUGAUCAUGCAUGCAGCUUUGUGGUUGUGGACCAUUACCAUGUCAGACAUCACUGAUUGUACAUCGGCCUGUAUAUACAAACUAGUAAAUUACAUACCUGUUUCAGACUUUUGUAUCACAAAUUUACAAUACAAAUGUCAGAAUGUACACUCACCAUAUGCAAGAUAUUCAUAUUUUAAAUUAUUGUUCAUUUUCAGCGUUUGUGGUGGGCAUUUCUUGCUUUCUUGUGUAGGUUGUAAAUACUUGUUAAUUGAACACACAAUUGUAAUACUGUUUUCUUUAUUGAAUGAAAAUGACUGUUAUAUAUUUCUGUAUGAUAUGUUUGAUAAAUUUGAGAAGUUAAUUCGUAUGCAGUCUGGGAGAGAGAAUUCAUUACGAUCAUGUUGAUUUUUCCGAAUAGAUCCUGAAUGAUUCACAUUCCAAGCUAUUUUUCAUCAGACUGUAUCUCUGCAAUCAUAUUUCACUUUAAUGAACUAGAGUGUACAUUUAUAUCUUCAGUAAACCCUCAAGGUGCAAUAGUUGUGUUAUAUUUAUGCUCUUUCUUUAUACACUUUUCAUGUUUCACCCUUCUCCUGGUCCGUUAAACACUAUUCUUUCUUAUGUCAUAACUGCUGUAAAUACUUCAUGUACUUUGCUGUAAAAUAUUGUAGUGUAUAGUAUUCUUAUAGUUUAUAGUAAUAGACAAAAGUGAAUGUUGGUCUUAGUAGGAAACCUAGGAAUGCGUUUACCAAAAUUUAAUAUUUCAAUACGUGUAGGAUGUGUACACUAAGAAGGUUCACCUUCAUCUGAUUCUAUUACAUUUUUCGGUAUACUACAAAUAUACACAAUUGCAUGUAUAUUAUGAAUUUACUUAUGGACAUUGUGACAUCAUGCAUAUUUUGUGAUAGAUUGUUGCUAAAAAUAUAUAAAUAUGCACCCAUUUUUGUUUGUUCAUUCUUUUCUUACUGCAUGAUUACUAUCAGAUCCAAGCGUCAAGGUCACAGGCCACAGCACAAACAUGUCCUGGGAUUUGAAGAAUUGGCACAGAAGGUCACCAGCUCAAAGGUCAUGUCACACUUAGAGGUUAACACAUACAUAAACAUGUCUGCAUCAAUAUUGUGCUGUGGUUAACACAUACAUAAACAUGUCUGCAUCAAUAUUGUGCAGAGGUUAACACAUACAUAAACAUGUCUGC